UAUUUUUCCCGCGAUAAUACCAACAUGGCGGUUGAAUGGAAGUUGUUCCCUGUUUUCUUUUUAGUAUUAAGUCACCGUUCAGCCGUUUUCAGCGAAGAUUUGGAUGACGAUUAUAUUGCAUUUGAACCUUCAAGUCAGCAUGGUCUAAAUGUCGAUUCAUUGCAAGCAAAUAAUGGAACACAAUCACACAGUAAGAGGUACCUACUCUACGAUGUGAAUCCUGGAGAGGGGUUCAACCUCAGGCGUGAUGUGUACAUGAGAGUGGCAAAUAUGAUGAAACUCCUUCGAGAGAAGCAGAACUGGGUCCUUGUCGUUCCACCGUGGAGAAAAUUGUACCACUGGCGAUCCCCGAUCGAACAAAACGCGCUCCCUUGGCGAACAUUUUUCGACCUGGAAAGCUUGAAUCGAUACGUUCCUGUCAUAGAAUUCGAAGACUUUGUUAAAGAAACCGGCGAGCCGGCUUUAGACGAAAUCCUUUAUUUACAGGGCUACGCCGAGGGCUGGAAAGACGGACAUUGGGAAGAAAAAAUAGAUGAUAGAGAUUGCAUUGACAGACCUGUUUACCACAAGGAUGAGGACGGCCUUUAUCGCGGAUACUUUUGGGGGAUGGACGAUGUCUUCGCGCGUAAAUUUAAAUGCCUAUCUGUCCAGGGAACCGCAGCCAUAUUGGUUCCUACACUCCUCGAAAAGACCAAAUCAAGAUCGGUGUUUGUAGACAGAUUUGAGGAAGUGUUGCACAUCAUUUAUGGAGAGAAGGAUUACUGGGAGGCGAGAAGAAGCCUUGUGUUUGCCAAGCACUUAAGAGAAGAAGGAGACAAAUUUCGCAGAGAAGUGUUAAAAUCAGAUGAUGAGAGAGAUGCAACUGUCAUGGAUGCUGACUGGACAAAGAACCAGAAAAAGGAAGGAACUGCCAAGGGAGGUCCGUACCUAGCUGUUCACAUGAGGAGAGCUGAUUUCCUAUAUGCUCACCCUGAUGGUGUCCCGUCACUGGACAAUGCUGUGAAACAGAUUAAGGAGAUUCUCAAGAAAGAAAAGCUGAAGAUGGUUUUCCUUGCAACUGAUGCAGAUAAAGAAGGUGAUUCUUUAACACUUCUGGCAGCUAACUACAGUUUAAUUUCCAGGAGUGUUCAAAAUUCAUUUUCUCAUGGGAACACCAACAUGUUAUCAAGCAAAUAAAAGAGAUAAGAAUAAAGGGAUAAGUGAACAAAGUGAUAUUGUCUCAAUGCACCACCAACUUCUCGGAAUUGACGCUAAAAGAACUGUAUGGCUGUCUGGUCUUGAACUUGGGACUGAAAUGGUUGAAACCCUUUCAUUCUCAAGAGUGCUGAAGUAAGGAAAUCGUGAAUGAAAGAAUUUACAUUCAGUUUACAGAAAUUAUACACAGAACAUACAGCUGAGUAGUCUGCUGGCAGCCGGUUUUUCUCUAAGGGUCACUAGGAUGAGUGUUUAGUCAUCGUGAACGCAAAAGAGCGGUAUGGUGGUGGCCGAGUAGGGAAGAAGGCCGGACAAGGGCGGUAUGCCGCGCCCAUGUCUCGUCCCAUUUCCCUUUAGCCAAAACGUCUCGCCCCAUAACCCCUACUGAAUUUCGAGAGAAAAACAGACUGCCAGGAGUCUAACAGCUGACCUGCAACAAAUCUUUGCCCAAUCAGCUUUCAUUUGAAUGGUUACUAACAUUGGGGGUUAUUAUAAAUUACUUAAACCUCCCAGGACGGCACAAUAAAUAGUAUGUACCGCAUGAAACUACUGCUCAAUAGCUUUCAUUUUAUGGUCACUCACUGAGGGUUUAUCGACAAACCAAAAAGUUAGUACCACAUGAAAGUACUGCUCCUGAGUAGCCUUUAUUAGGGGUGGUGAAUGGUAAAUGCUAGACACUCAGCUAGUUGUGACCAGCAUUUUUCUUUGCGUACCCUGAGACAUUUUGACUUCUUCAAAUGCAAGACUGAGACUUCAAAGUGUUUUAAAUGUAAGCUUGAGAAGUUCAGGUUCUACGAUGUUCAGACAUCAUUUAUAUAUAAUAAAAAACAAUUGGUACUUGAAGACUUUCUUGGUCUAACUUGCAAAAAAAUCAAGACUGUGAGGUGAACAUGACCGCUAAAAAAUGAGACUGCAAGACGCGGGAAAUUUGACAAAAAUUUGGCCAGACACGUGGUUUUUGAAGGACCAUUUGCUGCCCCUUUUAUUAAAUGGUCCCACACUAGGGUCUAUCCGCAGACUGAAAGGUGUUUUAACUGUACUAUUAAGUUCAGUCUUCGGGAGGUAAGGGUUUAAAAGAGCACUUGCUGGAAAUUUAACUAUCAUUAACCAAUACUCAUUGGAAGAAUUUGGUUUUUUCCCUGAUGAUCAGAAUUUCCUUUUAACUCCACACAAGCAAUAUUCUCUCUCUGUUGAUUGAAAAUAUUGAACUGACAAUUGAAUUGAAAAUAUUGGUCUAUCAUGUAGGAAGUCCAUGUUCUCCUAGUAAAAAAGUUUUUCAAAGCACUUUUGCAACCAACUCUUCU